AUGAAUGGUAGACAAGGAGAGCUUGAAGAUGGUGGCCCUUGGAAUAAUGUUCAAUACCGGAGAAACAGAAAAAGUAAAGGUGACGGUGUUGAGUGGACCUUUCUGAUUCAAAACCUGUCGGAUAAAGUUAACAGGAACAUCUUAUGGAGGGCAUUCCAGCAAUAUGGAUUUAUCUCGGAUGUCUACGUGGCGCGGAAAAGGGAUACUCGGGGGAGGUGUUUUGGAUUUGUCAGGUAUGUGGGGGUAGAACAUAUGAAGGAGACCCUAUCGUCGAUGAAUACUGUGAAAAUGUUUGGAAUGAAAGCCAUGGUGUCACUAGCAAAGUAUGAUAAAGACCAUAAUAAGUUCAACUAUUCCCCAGAUAGUUAUGGUCGGAGUGAAUGGCGUCCAAAAGAGUAUACCAACACUAACAAUAAUAAUACUGGUGGAACUAAUGUUCAAGGGAAUCCAUCCAUGAAGUCUCACCCUCCGGGUCCGACUUUUGCUGGGCCUGCAUUUGUUCAAAAUGGGACAUCAUAUGCUGACCGGGUUAGAGGUAACACCCAGGGGAAAAUUCAUGAGGCAAAGGUCGUCAUGGUGGAUGGUAAAGGAUCCCUUUAUCCGUUGUAUUGCAUCAAGAGGUCUAUUAUUGGCUAUGUGAAGGCGAUGCAACCUAUCAGUAAUAUUAGAAGAGCAUUGUCUGCUGAUGGGUUGGCUGAAGCUGGUCUGUCGUAUAUUGGGGGAGUGAUGUUCAUGAUUACGUGCAAUGAUAAGACGAGUGCUAAGGAUUUACUAGGUAAACACUCGGUUUUUUUUCAGAAGAUUUUUUCUAAGUUUUUCUUAUGGAAUGGAGAGGAUAUCCCGUCUGUUCGUCUGGUUAAUUUGUACAUUCUUGGUGUGCCGUUUAUUAUCCGGGAUGGUUUACUGUUUGAUAAGAUUGGCAGUCAGUUUGGCGAGGUGGUUCAAAAAUCAACAUUUUCUUGGCAGAACGAGGAUAACUCUAAUGGAUCGGUUAUGAUUGCUACUCCCUCCAUAUCAAAAAUCGAUGAGGUGGUGGUUCUAAAGUGGAAUGAGAAGACAAUCACGGCCCGGGUGGUGGAAUCCUGUGAACAGUGUUCAUUCAAUUGUGAUAGUGACUCUUUGAUGGAUUCCAGCGAUUCUGAACUAGAGUCUGAGUCGGAGGAAGAGGAAAGUCCGAUAGACAUGGAGGAUGUUGAAGAAGGUGAAAUUAGGGACAUCUUGUCUGGGGGCAGUCACAAUCAAAUCAAUGACGAUCAACCGGUUGCCGGGGAGAGUGAAUUGCCGGCCGGAGGAAAUGAAACGUAA